GUAGCUGGCGGCGGCGGCGGCGGGAGCCGUCGCCGCCGGGGCUGGCGCCCCUGCCUGUGAGCCCCGGCGCGGGUGGGGCUGGGCGGAGACUCGAAGCUGCUCCAGGGCUGGACCCUGAGGAGAGCGUUGUUGGCGCUCGGCCGGGGCGAUGCGGCCACGAGGAGCCCGAGCCCGGGCGCGGCGACAGUGACCGGGCAGCUCCUCAGCGGCCCGGCUGCCGGCUCCGCUCGCCGCGACCGCGAGGCCGCCCCGCGCCGACCGCCGCGCUCCCGCCGACGCCGGCGGCGGCGCCCGUGGUGGCUGUGGUGGCGACGCCAGAGGGGGCGGCGGCGGCGGCGGCGGCGGCGGCCCCGGCGAGGCAGCGCGCCGCGGCCCCCGGAGCGGGUGGAGCCGUGCGAGGGAUGCGUGGAAGCCGCGGCGCCUCCUCCUGCUCCUGCUCCUCGAAAGCGCCGGUUUUCGCGGCCGCGGCCGCGGCGGCGAACCAUGGAGGUCGAGAACAUCACGGCCAACACGUUGCUGCUGAGAGCGCGCCUAGGAGGAUAUGGCAAAAAAAGCGGUCGCAGUAAAAAAUGGAAGGAGAUCCUGAAGCUGCCGGCUGUGAGCCAGUGCAGCGAGCUCAGGCAGUCGAUUGAAAGGGAUUAUUGUAGUCUUUGUGACAAACAGCCAAUAGGAAGACUUCUCUUCAGGCAAUUUUGUGACACAAAACCUGGUCUAAAGAGGCGCAUUGAAUUCUUGGACGCAGUGGCAGAAUAUGAAGUUGCCAUAGAUGAGGACCAAGAACAUUGUGGACUGUGCAUUCUAGAGGAAUUCUUCAGCAAUGAGAAAUCGGCAGUCUGUUUACCAGAAAUACCUCCAGGUGUUGUGAAAGAAUGUAAACUGAGGCUGAAGCAGAACCCUUCCAAAAAAGCCUUUGAGGAAUGCACUGGAAUUGUCCAUAGCUAUUUAAGCAAAAAACCAUUUGAAGAAUACCAAGAAAGCUCAUAUUUUUCUCGGUUUUUACAAUGGAAAUGGCUGGAAAGGCAACCAGUAACAAAGAACACAUUUAGACAUUACAGAGUUCUAGGAAAAGGCGGAUUUGGAGAGGUUUGUGCCUGUCAAGUGCGAGCCACAGGAAAAAUGUAUGCCUGUAAAAAGCUAGAAAAAAAAAGAAUAAAGAAGAGGAAAGGUGAAGCCAUGGCUUUGAACGAGAAAAAACUGCUAGAAAAAGUGAACAGCAGAUUUGUAGUUAGUUUAGCCUACACUUACGAAACCAAAGACACCCUGUGUUUGGUGCUGACCAUCAUGAAUGGAGGGGACUUGAAGUUUCACAUUUACAACCUGGGCAACCCUGGCUUUGAUGAGCAGAGAGCCGUCUUCUAUGCUGCAGAGCUGUGCUGCGGUUUGGAGGAUUUGCAGAGGGAACGGAUUGUAUACAGAGAUUUAAAGCCUGAGAAUAUUCUCCUGGACGACCACGGACAUAUCCGGAUUUCAGAUCUUGGCUUGGCCCUGGAGGUCCCGGAAGGGGAGACAGUUCGAGGAAGGGUCGGAACAGUCGGCUACAUGGCUCCUGAAGUUAUCGAUAAUGAAAACUACACCUUUAGCCCUGAUUGGUGGGGGCUUGGCUGUCUGAUUUAUGAAAUGAUCCAGGGGCAUUCUCCGUUCAGGAAGUUCAAGGAGAAGGUGAAGCGGGAGGAGAUCGAGCGCAGAGUGAAGACGGACACUGAGGUUUAUUCCGCCAAGUUCUCCGCGGAUGCCAGGUCCAUCUGCAGGAUGUUGCUCACCAAGAACCCCAAGGACCGGCUGGGCUGCAGGGGCGAAGGAGCUGCGGGGGUGAAGCGGCACCCCGUGUUUCAGGACAUCAACUUCAGCAGGCUGGAGGUGCACCUGUUAGCUGCCCCCUUCUACCCUGAUCCUCAUUCGGUUUACUGUAAGGAUGUCCUGGAUAUCGGGCAGUUCUCUGUCAUCAAAGGAGUCUACCUGGACACCACAGACAGCAGCUUCUACGCUCAGUUUGUUACGGGCUGUGUCCCCAUCCCCUGGCAGAACGAGAUGAUCGAGUCUGGGUGUUUCAAGGACAUCAAUGAAAGUGAAAGUGAGGAAAACCUGCUUGUGGAGGAGAAACGACGCACUUCAGUCCAUAAGCCAAAGAGAAACUUCUUCUACAGACUCUUCCGAAGAGGGGGCUGCCUGAGCGUCGAGAAGGAAGCGGAGCCGAGCUGCUGAGCGCUCGCUGUGCAGGCUGCCGAGCCGACGCAAGACGGAGGAGCAGGUGCUGUGUGCUGCCUUCCCCAGGAGCUGUAAUAAACGCGUGUGACACAGCUGAAACCGCUCUUUACAUUGAUGCCUGCAUUGUCUUCCAAGAAGAGCUGGGCUGAAGGAAGCCUGCGAGCAUGCUGCGGGCCAGGAACGCCAGGUGUGGACGCCUCGUGCCCUUGGAGAGGCGAGCGAGCAACCCUGCGGCUCACACGGGCUGUGCAGCCAGGCCGGGUCCUCCCUGUCCCCAGAGCAGUGAGCAUGUGUCCCGACAGCCAUGCUGUCCCCGCUUCCUGAGCUCACCGUCUCUGUGGCUGGCUGGCCGUUUCCUGAGCCUCCGUGAGCUGGCGGUCAGAGGCCCUGGUUUCUCUCCCAGGUGUGACAGCCUCACACUGUGGGGGCCCAGAGGCUGAGCCGUGCCUGGGGUGGCCGCACCACCCGCACAGGCGUUCCUUCCCCCGAGGUGUGCAGGAGGUGGUGUCGGAAGGAGAGGCAGACGCAGUCCCGGGCACGACGAGAGGUGGCAGCCUCCCGAGGAGAGGCCGAAACCGCAGCACCACAGCCCCAGCCCUGGGUUCAACUCAAACACAGAAAACAAAACAAAACUGCUUCUGGUAAUUCAUUCAACCCAGUAUGUCCAAAUGCUGUUUUUGAAGGUUUAUUUACUUACUUGUUUAUUUGAAAGGCAGAGUUCAGAGACAGGAGAGACGCACACAGAGAUGGAGAUCUUCCAUCCAUUGGUUCACUUGCCAAGUGGCCACUCGCCGGUCACAGGGCCGGGCCAGGCUGAAGUCGGGAGCCAUGAGCUUCAUCGGGGUCUCCCAUGUGGGUGCAGGGGUGUUGGUCCACCCUCUGCUGCUUUUCCCAGGGGCAUUAGGGAGCUGGAUGGCGGGUGGAGCAGCCAGGACUUGAGCUGGCACCCACAGGGGAUGCCAGUGUCAUAGAUGACUGCUUAACCUGCUGUGCUGCAGCACCAGCCUCCAUCAACAUCAACGUAGUUGAGGUGUUUUGUAGUCUUUGUUUUGUACUGACGUACUCAAACGCCAGGGUGUAGGUCACCGUACAGCACCUGGCCUCCCUGUAUUUCAGAUGCUCAGCAGCCAGCUGUGGCUGCAGGCUGAAGUGCGUGGCAGGGCACAGCUUUUCUCAUGACUGUUUUCCAUGGGCUGCUCUCUUAAGUCCCAGUGAGGCAGAGGAGGAGAGAAAGAAUCUUCCAUUCGCUGGUUCACGCCCCAGGUGGUCGCAACGUCUGAGGCUGGGUUGGGCUGAAGCCAGGAGCCUGGAGCUCCGUCCAGGUCUCCCGUGUGGGUGCAGGCACUUAGGCCCUCGUCCGCUGCUUUCCCAGGCACAUGAGCAGGGAGCUGGCUCGGCGGAGUGAAGCUGCCGCCCGUGGGGGGGGGGGCACCAUUGCAGGCAGCAGCUCAGCCUGCCGCAUCACAAAACCUGCCCCCUCCGUGAACUUUCUAAAGACCCUCGUGCAUGGCUUUCAAAACAUUUCGCACCAAAACAAACAUGUCUUUGAAAUUCUAGUUUUCCCAUGAACUUUUUGAAACCCCUCACACGUUAAGUGCUGUGCCGUCUGUGAGUGGCAGCUCUGAGGCCCGCACUCGAGUCAUGUGGUGGUGUGGCGUGCAGCCUGGUCCAGGGCUCUCCAGGACACAAGACCGCCUCGGCACACACACAGCUCACUCUUGGAAAACAGCCCAAACUCCCUUGGCACUGAACAGGACUGAGUACAGGUCCAAGUGAAGGGAAAGACCCCUCCCCACUCUGAGGAGAGCUCCUGGGCAGAGGGUCCUCUCUCCUGUCUGGCCCACCCAGCCUGCUCCUGCAAUCCCUCUGCUGCUGCUGCUGCUGCUGCUGCUGCUUCUUCUUCUUCUUCUUCUUCUUCUUCUUCUUCUUCUUCUUCUCUUCUUCCUUCUUCCUUCUUCCUUCUUCUUCUUCUUUUUAUUUGAAAGGCAGAGAGAGAGAAGGAGGGAGGGAGAGGGAGAGAGAAUAUCUUGCAUCCACUGGUUCACUCCCCAAAAUGGCCACCCUGGGCCGGGCUGGGCCAAAGCAGGAGGCAGGGGCUUCAUCCGGGUCUCCCAUGUGGGUGUAGGGCCCAAGCACUUGGGCAUCUUCCACUGCUUUCCCAGGCCACAGCAGAGAGCUGGAUGGGAAGUGGAGCAGCUGGGGCUUGAACUGGCGCCCAUAUGGGAUGGCGGCACUGCAGGCGGCAGCUUUACCUGCUGUGCCACAGCGCCGGCCCCCACAAUCCCUCUCCUAACAGCACUGUUGGAGACAACUGCUUAAACAUCUCUGUUGGAGACGCCUUUGAUGCGACUCUGACUGAAGGAAGCCAAGUUCCCGGGACCACUUGAGCCCUGUCGCUGAUGGCAGCUCCACAGAGGCGCACAGAGGACACGGCGGAUGUCGGGACAUACGCCCCCACGCGGAGUCCGCCAAACCCACGCAGAAGGAGCUAGAAAAGUGUCCUGCGUGCCUCCAGCGACACACAGACACACAACAGCCAUGUGCAAGGCACGAACCAUGACUGCGUCCUCGUCACAAAAACACGAAAAACACGUGCGAGACACUCGGAGCAUUUGGAAAUGUGACUCGGGACCUGAUGUGAUGAUGGUGGAGAGUGGUGUGAAGGUGGUGCCGUGGCUUCGAGUCUUGAGGCACCUGCAGACAGCGACUCCUCUUCCUGGGGGAGGGUGCCACACGGGGGACAGCAGCUGUGGUGGGACGGGACAGCUGUCGGACGCGGGGGGCUGGUCUGCACCCUCCCAGCUUUCUGUGUGUGUGAAGCGAAAGGCCCGUCUGCUGUGCGAAGGGAGCUGUGCGGAGCCCCAGUGGCCGGCCUGGCCGCACACGUGAUUUGUGCUACGAUUGGGAAGCAGAAGCAGCCACUCCUCCACGCUCUCCACACCCACAGGGCAACCUGGCGCGUCGUUGCUGCAUUUUUCUAAACUGCUAACCGCUGUUUGAGGGAUGGAUGCUGAAAGGAAAAAUACUUGUGUUCAUUAAGUAUUGCAUUUUACACCCACAUGUCUUGCAUUUGUUUAUAAUGUAAGCCAGGCUUACCUCCGAAAAGCAAUACAAGGCUCCCAGCAGCAGAACUGAAGGCGUGGAUGCUGAGGGUCAGCCUUGUAGUCACUCAGUGGUACAGGAGAAAGGCUGGCUUUACCUGGGGAUUGGGCUGGGAGUCAUUGCUCCCACAGGGCUCCAAGUACUUUCUUUUUAACUCAAACAGCAGAGAGAGCGAGAGAGUACCAGUGCUCCCGUCUGCCGACUCACUCCCCAGAUGCGGGUAGCAGGAGGCCAGGAGCUGGGAACCUCCCCAGGUCUCCCACCUGGGUGGCAGGGACCCAGGCCCUGGAGCCCUCACUGCAGGCUCCCAGGGUGUGCACUAACGGGACCUGGAAUCUGGAGCAGAGCUGGGACUUGAACCCGGGCGUUCUGAUAAGGAUGUGGGCAUCCCCACUGGUGCCUUAGUUUCUAGGCCAAAGGCCUGCCCAUACCACGGGCCUUAAACUAAUCCAUCCGCUUUUUACUGUGCUCCUGCUGUGUCAGGAGACAGGCAGGACCCUGUCCUCGUGAGUAUUGCAGUAGGAGAUCGAGCAUCUCCGGGAGGACCAGAUGGAAAGCGAGUGCUGGGCUGGGGAUCCUGUCAGCAGGGGCAGAAGGGGAGAGGGGCCAGUGCUGCGGCUCACUAGGCUAACCCUCCGUCUGUGGCGCCGGCACACUGGGUUCUAGUGCCGGUCGCUCCUCUUCCAGGCCAGCUCUCUGCUGUGGCCCGGGAAUGCAGUGGAGGAUGGCCCAAGUGCUUGGGCCCUGCACCCCAUGGGAGACCAGAAGGAGGCAUCUGGCUCCUGGCUUCGGAUCAGCGCAGUGUGCCGGCCGCAGCGUGCCAGCCAUUGGAGGGUGAACCAACAGCAAAAGGAAGACCUUUCUCUCUGUCUCUCUCUCACUGUCCACUCUGCCUGUCAAAAAAAAAAAGGGGGGGGGAGAGAGAUUUGGGGAGAGCACAUCUGGGACCCAGUGAGCUCUCUCCCCUUACCAACGCUCCUCUCUGCUCAACUGGCUGUCCCAGCGGCGAGCAGCCAGGCCUGUGUGUCCAGGAAGGAACUUGUAAUGAUGUUUGGGGCAGAGAAGUGGCUCCGAGGCGGCAGGCUCCCUACUGGGAGACCCUUCCCCGCCAGCCUUUCUGCUUGUGACAUUCAGUGUCAUCCCAGCUGUCCCUACAGGGCACACAGCCACUAGUUCCAGAUCUAGGAGGCUGACCCCAGUAAUGAUUUAUUUGAAAGACAGAAUUAGAGAGACAGGGAGAGAUAUUGUCCAUCUUGCUGGUUCACUCCCCAAAUGACUGCAACAGCCGGGGCUGGGCCAGGCUGAAGCCAGGAGCCAGGAGCUUCUUCUGGGUCUCCCCACAUGGGGUACAGGGGCCCAAGGACUUGGGCCAUCUUCUGUUGCUUUGCCAGGUGCAUUAGCAGGGACCUAGAUAGGAAGUGAAGCUACAGGGACUCGAACUAGUGCCCAUAUGGGAUGCUGGCAUCACAGCCGUGGUUUAACCUGCUACACCACAACAUCAGCCCCACGAUUAUUCUUUUUUUUUUUUUUUUUUUUUAAAGAUUAUUUAUUUGAAAGUUACACAGAAAGAGAAGGGGAGACAGAGAGAGAGAGAGAGGUCGAGGUCUGGUCUUCCAUCUGCUGGUUCACUCCCCAAUUGGCUGCAGUGGCUGGGGCUGUGCUGAUCCAAAGCCAGGGGCCAUGAGCUUCCUCUGGGUCUCCCACACGGUGCAGGGGCCUAAGGACGUGGGCUGUCUUCUAAUGCUUUCCCAGGCCAUGGCAGAGAGCUGGAUUGGAAGUGGAGCAGCCGGGACUCGAACCGACUCUCAUAUGGGAUGCCAGCACUGUAGGUCGUGGCUUUACCUGCUACGCCACAGCACCGGCCUCGAUGAUUCUUUUUUAGUUAACCCAUUUCAUCGCCUACGUCGGGCCUCCAGGUACAUACUGCAGAAAAUAGAAAAGUGACAGGAAGCAGAGGAAGCAGAGGGCUCUUCAAAACUAAGUGGACGGAGGCUUUACAAGGGAGGGGGUCUCGGACAUUUCAGAGUGGGGCUUGCAGCCGAGGGUGAGGACGCUUCUAACCUUGGCCUCACCAGCGAUAACGAGAGCCACUGUGUGGCCCAGAGCUGCCUAGGUCCUGUUCCACAGCAGAUGACAGCAAAAAAGUGACCAUCUGGAAAAGCAGUGGAUGCCAGCACACGGUGGAAAACUUCAGUUUACGUUUUCGACAGAAUGAGCAAAUAUACAUACGGAUGAUAAAAACGUUUUUCUACAUUUAUUCUGAAGACGUGAAAUCAUGUACGUGGAUGAGCUGGUCAGUUACAACACCCUCUGAAGACAAAAAUAAGACAUACCUACUGUGAAUUUUAUAAGUCACAAAGGAUUAAUAAAUUUAGAAAAAUACCCCUGUAGGGGCCGGUGUGGCUCAGCUGCCAGCAUCCCCUGAGUGAGUGAGGUUCGAGUCCUGGCUCCUCAAUUUCCAACCUGCUUCCUGCUACUGCACUCGGGAAGGCAGCUGAUGAUGGUCCAAGUGCGUGGGCCCCUGCAAAUCCACAUGGGAACCAGGGUGGAGUUCCUAGCUCCUGGCUUCCGCCUGCCCAGCUCUGGCUACAGCAGUGUUCUGGGGAGUGAACCAGCAGAUGGAAGAGUGUGUGUGUGUGUGUGUGUGUGUCCUUCUCUGUCACUCUGCCUUUCAAGUUUUUAAAAAUAAAAAGAGGGGGAAGGAGAGGGAGCCAAUCAUGCAGAGAGGGUCCAGUGUUUAUAAACUGAUAAUGUGUCUUCUUAGGCUUCACGAAUGUUGUCGGGAAAGAUGUUGAGAGAGGUACGGAGACAGAGCGCCCCGCCCCGCCCCACAGCGCCCCUCCCGCUGCUGUGGCCACUCCGUCGGUCCCUUCAGUGUGCAGCUGCUUGAGUCUUCCAAGGCCAACUCCAGCUCACUGGAUACAUUUCUGUGGCCAUGUCUCCUUUCUCCUUGAGGGCCGUUGUCAAGAUGGCAUCACCGUCAGAAAAGGGGCCACAGCGAAUCCGGCUAAAGAAAGAACUUUCAGCCACCAAGAAAGACCGCGUGAAUCAUUGUCUCACAAUAUGUGAAAACAUAGUGGCACAAUCUCUCAGCGGGUAAAGCUGCCGACUGCAGUGCCGGCAUCCCAUACAGGUGCCAGUUCAAGAUUGGCUGGUCCACUUCCUGUCCAGCUCUCUGCUAUGGCCUGGGAAAACAGUAGAAGAUGGCCCAAGUCCUUGGGCCCCUGAACCCGUGUGGGAGACCCGGAAGAAGCUCCUGGCUCCUGGCUUCGGAUUUGCACAGCUCCAGCUGUUGCGGCCAUCUGGGAGUGAACCAUCGGAUGGAAGACCUCUCUCUGCCUCUCCUCUCUCUGUGUAACUCUGACUUUCAAAUAAAUGUUUAAAAAAAUC